AUGCCCUGGGCCACCACCAUGCAGGGCAGGGCACGCAGGCCCCCACCCGAGCAGCACAGGCACUGUGAGGGCUGCUUCAACCGCCACUGCCAUGCUCCUGUGGAGCCCAAGAUCUCCUGCCUGGUGAUAAGCUGCCACCUGCUCUGUGGUGCUACCUUCCACAUGUGCAAAGAGGCAGAGCACGAGCUCCUCUGCCCGUUAGAGCAGGUUCCAUGCCUCAACUCCCAAUAUGGCUGCCCCCUUUCCAUGUCCCGCCACAAGCUGGCCAAGCACCUGCAGGCGUGCCCUGCCAGCGUGGUCUGCUGCUCCAUGGAGUGGAAUCGCUGGCCGAAUGUGGACUCUGAAACCACCCUUCAUGAGAACAUCAUGAAAGAGCCCCCCAGUGAGGAGUGUUUGGACACAGCCCUGGCCCUGCAGGACCAGAAGGUCCUUUUCAGAUCUUUGAAAAUGGUAGAACUUUUCCCAGAAACUAGAGAGGCUGCUGAGGAGGAACCAGAUGUGAAUGGGGAAGCCAGCUUGGAAGACAUGGGGGGAGCGGUGGGUGGAGUGGGUGCCGGUUUGGUACCCCACAGUUGCCUGCCAGCAACUAAUGGGGACGCCGCAGAACUGACUCAAGAAGAGCGAGAGGCGUUAGCCAAAACCAAAGAAGGGAUGGACCUGCACAAGUUUGGCCAGUGGGAAAACAUGUUCAGCAAAGAGCAUGCAGCAUCUGCUUUAGCAAAUUCAUCAGGAAGCUGCGAGAGCAAGAGCAGGAAUGGCCCAGGGGAAGAGCAGAUUUCUAGAGGCAACGUGGCAAAGGGAGAGGGCACUGCCAACGGGAAGGAACCACAGGACCUUCACACAGUCAUGGAAACGACAGGGCUUGCCCCUUGGCAGGAUGGUGUUCUGGAAAGACUGAAAACAGCUGUGGACGCCAAGGACUAUAAUAUGUAUCUAGUGCACAAUGGGCGGAUGCUUAUUCACUUUGGUCAGAUGCCGGCUUGUACGCCUAAGGAGAGAGACUUUGUUUAUGGCAACCUUGAGGCUCAGGAAGUCAAGACGGUUCACACCUUCAGAGUUCCUGUGAGCUACUGUGGAAAGCGAGCUCGAAUUGGAGAUGCCAUGUUGAGCUGUAGGCCGAGUGAGCACAAGGCAGUGGAUACUUCAGAUCUGGGCAUCACUGUGGAGGACCUGCCAAAAUCAGAUCUCAUCAAGACUACCCUCCAGUGUGCUUUGGAAAGAGAACUCAAAGGUCACGUCAUCUCUGAAUCCAGGAGCAUUGAUGGACUGUUCGUGGAUUUUGCCACCCAGACGUACAACUUUGAGGCAGAACAGUUUUCCGCUGGAACGGUGCUGGCUGACCUAACCACCGCCAGUCCCAGGGGACUCCACGUGGAGCUCCACAGUGAGUGUGUGACCAGGAGACACAACAAGAGCAGCUCUGCUUUCACUUUCACUUGCAACAAAUUCUUCAGGAGGGAUGAAUUCCCCCUGCACUUCAAGAACGUUCACACAGACAUUCAGUCAUGUAUCAAUGGCUGGUUCCAGCACCGAUGCCCCCUCGCCUACUUGGGAUGUACAUUUGUCCAAAACCAUUUCCGCCCCCCAGGGCAAAAGGCAAAAGUCAUCUAUAGUCAGGAGCUCAAGACCUUUGCCAUCAAGCCAGAGGUUGCUCCAGAGCUGAGUGAGGGAAAGAAAAACAAACAUCUCUCAGGUCACAGAGGAAAAAGCCAGAACGGUCUAACCAGCCUGCCCCUGGAGAUUUUGCAGUACAUUGCUGGGUUCUUAGACAGCAUCAGCCUGUCCCAGCUCUCCCAGGUGUCCGUGCUGAUGAGAAAUAUCUGUGCCACUUUGUUACAAGAGAGAGGGAUGGUCCUUCUGCAGUGGAAGAAGAAGAGGUAUUCCCAUGGAAGAAGCUCCUGGAGAGUCCACAGAGAGAUCUGGCAGUUCAGCAGUCUCUUCUCCAAAAUCAAGAGCUGGGAGUUUAAUGAAGUCACCUCCAUGUCUGAGCACCUGAAAGCCUGUCCCUUCAACAUUGUAGAGCACAAAACUGACCCGGUUCUUUUGACCAGCAUGUGUCAGCCCCGUGAACAGGCCCCAGAGAGCUUGGUCUCCACCUUUAGAGCCAGAGCCCGAGGAAGAUACGCCUCCUAAAGAUGCAGAUGCCACCAUUCUCGGGUUUCUCCUUGGAGUUGCUGAAAGUAGGACAGAGUAUGGUUUUGAAGAUUCCCUUCAGUAAACUGCAUGUUUCCUUAUCAGGGUGUAUUGGACAUGCAAUGU